CCGUCAAAUAACUUCGCUGGCCUUGAUCACUGCUCCAGUGUUAUUUUAUAUCAAUAUCAACAGUCCUGAGAAAGUAGUCACUGAACUGAGUUUCUUGUUCGAAAAAAGAAGAAAAACAGCUAAAAAGUGCACCACAUGGAGCGGCCAAAAACACCUCCGCGACGGGAUGCGACGACAGCGACCUCCCGCCGGCCGCCGACUCCACCAACGCCCGAGGUGACCCGACGCAUUGAAGAAAACCGACUGAGGGCCAAAGCGAUCCGCGACCAGCACGAAGCCGCCGCCCGCGCCGCUGGCACAUCGACCCUUCCCCACAAGUCCGACUCGGGCUUCGUGGCGACCGACAACAUCCACGUCGUCGGCGCCCGCGACAAUGGUAACAGCCGCAAGAGGCCCUUUAGCUCCCUAGCCGCCGCUGAUGGUGCCGGCCCCACCACCCGCAGCAGCAGCAGGGCAGUCCCGGCCAGCAACCGCGAUGCGCGCGGUGCGGCGCAGACGACGACUGCCGGGUCCUCCAAGGCCGGCGAGGAGGCGCCCCUGCGGCCCGCGAAAAAGUUUGCCAAGUACGUCGGGUACAACCUCAGUGCCAUGACGGACACCAAGGGAGGCUUUCUUGCGGUCGAGGACGACCCACACAACUAUGCGCUCAACUCGGGAUCGCGGGCAGCAGCGCCAGACGAGCCCGAGAAGCCGGCGCACAUGACGGCGGCAGAGUGGGAGCGCAAGCAGCUGCUGCGGAGACUGCAGCGGCAAAAAGCAGGGCCGUACGAGCCGGGGAUGAGCACCUUGACGGGGACGAAGGAGCGCAAAAAGUGCCGCGACUGCGGGAGCCUCGAGAUCGACUUUGUGUGGGACGAGGUCUUUGGGAUCGGGGUUUGCGGAGGUUGCAAGGAGAAGUACCCAGAGAAAUACAGCCUGUUGACCAAGACGGAAUGCAAGCAGGAUUACCUGCUGACGGAUCCGGAGCUGAGGGAUGAGGAACUCCUUCCACAUCUCAACAAGCCCAAUCCACACAAAUCACAUUGGCACGACAUGAUGCUCUUUCUCAGGUGUCAAGUUGAAGAGUAUGCGCUGGGCCCCAAAAAGUGGGGUUCGGCAGAGGCGCUAGACGCAGAGUUCGAGCGGCGGGAAAGCGACAAACGCAGAAGAAAGGAAAGCAAGUUCAAAGAGAAGCUGGCGGACUUGAAGCGAAGAACGCGGACAGAUGCCUACCGUCGCGAAAACACAAAGGCCGGCCUGAGAGAUGCGGGAGGAACAAAGGCAAGACGGUUUGGUGACAAAAUCGGGGACGGGGGCGAGCAUGUGCACGACUGGGGUAGAGCUGUGGAGAACGAGGAGGGCAUGUCAGUAAAGACAUGCAUGGAUUGUGGCAUGGAGGUUGAGGAACUUGAGCUAUGAGGAUAAACUAGCGCAAAUCAACGUAUGGGAGCGAGCUGGUAGGCUUGCAAAUGCUGGAGUCAUUAAGAGGGAGUUCCUGUACAGUCCGGAGCCAUAUCCCUGGCUGUCCAUCCCAAGUGCCCGUAUGGUGAAAGAAACACAAUAAAAGAACUUUUUGUACAAAAAAAAACCCUCGCAGUCUAUCCGCGCACAAAUAACGCC